AUGGAUGCUAACAUAGAUAAGAAGCGCUUGAUUACUAGAGAGAUGGUGGAAGCAAGAGAGUUACUAAAGGAACUUCAAACUGAAAUUAAUCCCUCUUCUUUUUCUGGUCAUGAUUUAAUGACCAACAUAUUGUGUUCCGUAGAGACUUUUCUUGCGAUGCUGAAUCGAGUGAACGUGGAGACCAAAUCUACCCCGGAGUCACCCUUGGGUCAUGUCAGGAAUGGAAGUUCUGUGAGCGAGUGCAAUUCUGAUUCACGAAAGAGAUAUAGGAAACCCGCAGUGAGAUGGACAGAACAAGUACGUGUUUCUGCACAAACGGGACUCCAAGGACCCGUAGAUGAUGGAUACGCAUGGCGGAAAUAUGGGCAGAAAAACAUUCUUGAAGCCAAACACCAUAGAAGUUAUUAUAGAUGUAGUUAUGGAAAAACUCAAGGUUGUUUAGCAAGGAAACAAGUUCAGCGAUCCGAACUAGACUGGUCCAUCUUUGAUGUUACCUAUAUUGGAAAACACAGUUGCAUUGAAACACCAGAGCUACUGUCGAUGAGAUAUUCACAUAACAAACAUCAGCAUGAUCAGCGUCGUCACCACAAUUAUCUAAAAGAACGAAAGGAGGAUAAAUUAUUGGAAGAGACAUAUAUAAAAUUCCAAGCAUCCAGUGUUCGAAGUGAAAAAGGAAACGAUAAACAACUGAAGUAUUAUCCCUCUUUUUGUAUCUGUUCUACUACUUCACUGCAACCACAUAUUGGCAACUGCUUAGAGGCUAGUCAAAAUCACUUGGUCUCUACUUCAAGUAAAACUGAAAGUAACUCUCCUAGACCCACAGCUUCGGAAUCCAACUAUAAGAUACACAAUGUUGUAGGUUACAAUACUGGUGAAGAUUCAUUACAAGCUACUGCUGAUUCUCGUGAUUCUAAAGAUCAUCAUAUGAUUAUUUCACCAACUGUUAGUGGAACUUCGUCCGUCAUUAAUAAUUGUUCGAAUCACAUGGACUCUAGUUGGGAUUGGGAUUUUCCAAUAGAUUAUAGUCCUCCACAUUUCUAA